AUGGAAAUUCUUUCUCUCCUGAAAGGGGAGGAGCUGAGGAUUGUGCUGCUGGGGGAGACAUGGAGUGGGAAAAGUUCAGCAGGAAACACCAUCCUGGGCACAGAGGAGUUUGAGUCUGGAAUAAGAACUGCACAGUGUGUGAAGAGACAGGGUGAAGUAGCUGGGAGACAGGUCACUGUGGUCGACACACCAGGCUGGUUGAGUACUUAUCCUGUGAAGUACACUGCAGAGCUGGAUAAACAGGAGAUUGUGCGCAGUGUGUCUCUGUGUCCCCCGGGACCCUGUGCUCUCUUUUUGGUCAUUGAUGUCACAGAGCUGCUGAAGAAGAUGGAGGAGAUGAUGGCAGGGCAUGGUGGCUCUCAUUAUGAAAUAGACAGAAUGCUCCUACAGGAGGUGGAAGAGAAGAGGAGGGCAGUGGAAGAACAAGUGAAACAGAGGAUUAUGAAGGUUCAGAAACAGAGGAAGACUCUCAGAGCACUUUAUGAGGGAGAGGAACGCCGUCUCUCAGAGCUGAGGAUUGUUCUGCUGGGGGAGACAGGGAGUGGGAAGAGUUCAGCAGGAAACACCAUCCUGGGCAGAGAGGCGUUUGAGUCUGGAAUAAGAACUGCACAGUGUGUGAAGAGACAGGGUGAAGUAGCUGGGAGACAGGUCACUGUGGUCGACACACCAGGCUGGUGUAUGGUGUCUGUGAAAGACAGUACAGAGCUGGACAAACAGGAGAUUGUGCGCAGUGUGUCUCUGUGUCCCCCGGGACCCUGUGCUCUCUUCCUGGUCAUUAAUGUGAGAUCAGCAUUCAGAGAGAUACACAGGAGAUCAGUGGUGGAACACCUGGAGCUUCUCAGUGAGAGAGUCUGGAGACACACUAUAGUGCUGUUCACCUGGGGAGACUGGCUGGGAGACACAACCAUAGAGCAGCACAUUGAGACUGAAGGGAGGGCCCUCCAAGAGCUCAUAGAGAAAUGUGGGAACAGGUAUCAUGUUCUCAACAAUGAGAACAGGGCUGAUGGGACUCAGGUCACAGAGCUGCUGGAGAAGAUGGAGGAGAUGAUGGCAGGGCAUGGAGGCUCUCACUAUGAAAUAGACAGAAUGCUCCUUCAGGAGGUGGAAGAGAAGAGGAGGGCAGUAGAAGAACGAGUGAAACAGAGGAUGAUGAAGGUUCAGAAACAGAGGAAGACUCUCAGAGCACUUUAUGAGGGAGAGGAACGCCGUCUCUCAGAGCUGAGGAUUGUGCUGCUGGGGGCGAGAGGGAGGGGGAAGAGUUCAGCAGGAAACACCAUCCUGGGCACAGAGGAGUUUGAGUCUGGAAUAAGAACUGCACAGUGUGUGAAGAGACAGGGUGAAGUAGCUGGGAGACAGGUCACUGUGGUCGACACACCAGGCUGGUUGAGUACUUAUCCUGUGAAGAACACUGCAGAGCUGGUUAAACAGGAGAUUGUGCGCAGUGUGUCUCUGUGUCCCCCGGGACCCUGUGCUCUCUUCCUGGUCAUUGAUGUGGGCUCAGCAUUCAGAGAUACAGAGAGGAUAUCAGUGGUGGAACACCUGGAGCUUCUCAGUGAGAGAGUCUGGAGACACACUAUAGUGCUGUUCACCAGGGGAGACGGGCUGGGAGACACAACCAUAGAGCAGCACAUUGAGACUGAAGGGAGGGCCCUCCAAGAGCUCAUAGAGAAAUGUGGGAACAGGUAUCAUGUUCUCAACAAUGUGAACAGGGCUGAUGGGACUCAGGUCACAGAGCUGCUGGAGAAGAUGGAGGAGAUGAUGGCAGGGCAUGGUGGCUCUCACUAUGAAAUAGACAGAAUGCUUCUACAGGAGGUGGAAGAGAAGAGGAGGGCAGUGGAAGAACAAGUGAAACAGAGGAUGAUGAAGGUUCAGAAACAGAGGAAGACUCUCAGAGCACUUUUUGAGGAGCUGAGGAUUGUGCUGCUGGGGGCGAAAGGGAGGGGGAAGAGUUCAUCAGGAAACACCAUCCUGGGCAGAGAGGAGUUUGAGUCUGGAAUAAGAACUGCACAGUGUGUGAAGAGACAGGGUGCAGUAGCUGGGAGACAGGUCACUGUGGUCGACACACCAGGCUGGAGGAGUACUUAUCCUGUGAUGUACACUGCAGAGCUGGAUAAACAGGAGAUUGUGCGCAGUGUGUCUCUGUGUCCCCCGGGACCCUGUGCUCUCUUCCUGGUCAUUGAUGUGGGCUCAGCAUUCAGAGAUACAGAGAGGACAUCAGUGGUGGAACACCUGGAGCUUCUCAGUGAGAGAGUCUGGAGACACACUUUAGUGCUGUUCACCAGGGGAGACUGGCUGGGAGAUACAACCAUAGAGCAGCACAUUGAGACUGAAGGAAGGGCCCUCCAAGAGCUCAUAGAGAAAUGUGGGAACAGGUAUCAUGUUCUCAACAAUGAGAACAGGGCUGAUGGGACUCAGGUCACAGAGCUGCUGGAGAAGAUAGAGGAGAUUGAUGUCAGAAAUGGGGGUGUUCCCUUCCCUGUAGGAGAGAGAAACAAACAGGCCUCAUUUACUGAGGAGGAAUGGAGAAGAAGAGAAGAGGAGCUGAUAGAGAGGAUGUCAGCGGUUGUCGUUGACUCAGCGAAAGAGGGAUCCACACUGCCAUUCAGACAGAGGAGAAGCAGCAAUGACAUUUUACCUCCUUCAUUGGAUGGAGGGACUCCACCCCCCUCUGAAGCAGGCAGCUCUGUGUGGGAGUCCAAGGAGAAGGUGUCAUGGUGGCUGAAAAGGGGAAAAACAGAGAGUUCAGCAUCAUCUGGAUACGGAACAAAGAGUUCUGUUGUGACUGACUCAGAGAUGGGGAGACGGAGUGGGAAGAGUUCAGCAGGAAACACCAUCCUGGGCAGAGAGGAGUUUGAGUCUGGAAUAAGAACUGCACACUGUGUGAAGAGACAGGGUGCAGUAGCUGGGAGACGGGUCACUGUGGUCGACACACCAGGCUGGUUGAGUACUUAUCCAGUGAAGGACACUGCAGAGCUGGUUAAACAGGAGAUUGUGCACAGUGUGUCUCUGUGUCCCCCGGGACCCUGUGCUCUCCUCCUGGUCAUUAAUGUGAGCUCAGCAUUCAGAGAACCUAAGAGGAUAUCAGUGGUGGAACACCUGGAGCUUCUCAGUGAGAGAGUCUGGAGACACACUAUAGUGCUGUUCACCAGGGGAGACUGGCUGGGAGACACAACCAUAGAGCAGCACAUUGAGACUGAAGGGAGGGCCCUCCAAGAGCUCAUAGAGAAAUGUGGGAAUAGGUAUCAUGUUCUCAACAAUGAGAACAGGGCUGAUGGGACUCAGGUCACAGAGCUGCUGGGGAAGAUGGAGGAGAUGAUGGCAGGGCAUGGUGGCUCUCAUUAUGAAAUAGACAGAAUGCUCCUACAGGAGGUGGAAGAGAAAAGGAGGGCAGUGGAAGAACAAGUGAAACGGAGGAUGAUGAAGGUUCAGAAACAGAGGAAGACUCUCAGAGCACUUUUUGAGGGAGAGGAACACCGGCUCUCAGAGCUGAGGAUUGUGCUGCUGGGUGCAAGAUGGAGUGGGAAAAGUUCAGCAGGAAACACCAUCCUGGGCAGAGAGGAGUUUGAGUCUGGAAUAAGAACUGCACAGUGUGUGAGGAGACAGGGUGAAGUAGCUGGGAGACAGGUCACUGUGGUCGACACACCAGGCUGGUUGAGUCAUUAUCCUGUGAAGUACACUGCAGAGCUGGAUAAACAGGAGGUUGUGCGCAGUGUGUCUCUGUGUCCCCCGGGACCCUGUGCUCUCUUCCUGGUCAUUGAUGUGAGAUCAGCAUUCAGAGAGGAACAUAGGAGAUCAGUGGUGGAACACCUGGAGCUUCUCAGUGAGAGAGUCUGGAGACACACUAUAGUGCUGUUCACCAGGGGAGACUGGCUGGGGGACACAACCAUAGAGCAGCACAUUGAGACUGAAGGGAGGGCCCUCCAAGAGCUCAUAGAGAAAUGUGGGAACAGGUAUCAUGUUCUCAACAAUGUGAACAGGGCUGAUGGGACUCAGGUCACAGAGCUGCUGGAGAAGAUGGAGGAGAUGAUGGCAGGGCCUGGUGGCUCUCACUAUGAAAUAGACAGAAUGCUCCUACAGGAGGUGGAAGAGAAGAGGAGGGCAGUGGAAGAACAAGUGAAACAGAGGAUGAUGAAGGUUCAGAAACAGAGGAAGACUCUCAGAGCACUUUUUGAGGGAGAGGAACACCGGCUCUCAGAGCUGAGGAUUGUGCUGCUGGGGGCGAGAGGGAGGGGGAAGAGUUCAGCAGGAAACACCAUCCUGGGCACAGAGGAGUUUGAGUCUGGGAUAAGAACUGCACAGUGUGUGAAGAGACAGGGUGAAGUAGCUGGGAGACAGGUCUCUGUGGUCGACACACCAGGCUGGUGGAAGGUGUCCGUGAAGGACACUGCAGACCUGGAUGAACAGGAGAUUGUGCACAGUGUGUCUCUGUGUCCUCCGGGACCCUGUGCUCUCUUCCUGGUCAUUGAUGUGAGCUUAGCAUUCAGCGGUACAGAGAGGAAAUCAGCGGUGGAACACCUGGAGCUUCUCAGUGAGAGAGUCUGGAGACACACUAUAGUGCUGUUUACCAAGGGAGACUGGCUGGGAGAAACAACCAUUGAGCAGCACAUUGAGACUGAAGGAAGGGCCCUCCAAGAGCUCAUAGAGAAAUGUGGGAACAGGUAUCAUGUUCUCAACAAUGAGAACAGGGCUGAUGGGACUCAGGUCACAGAGCUGCUGAAGAAGAUAGAGGAGAUGAUUGCCAGAAAUGGGGGUGUUCCCUUCCCUGUAGGAGAGAGAGACAAACAGGCCUCAUUUACUGAGGUAAAAGACAUCAAAGGAAUAAAGAAGAGCUUUGAGGAGGAAUGGAGAAGAAGAGAGGAGGAGCUGAUAGAGAGGAUGUCAGCGGUUGUGGUUGACUCAGAGAAAGAAGGAUCCACACGGCCAUUCAGACGGAGGGGAACCAGCGUUGAGUUUUUGCCUCCUCUCAUGGGUGGAGGGACUCCAGCCCCCUCUGAAGCAGGCAGCUCUGUGUGGAAUUCCAGGGAGAAGGUGUCAUGGUGGCUGAAAAAGAGAAAAACAGCGAGUUCAGCUGGAUCAUCUGGAUACAGAACAAGUUCUGUUCUGACUGACUCAGAGAUAUAUGGCAUAGGGACACUGGAAGAGGAAAGCGACACUUCAUUAUAAACACUGCUCUGCACUGCCCCCACGUGGUACAUUGUGUAACUACUUCAUCAUUAAUUGUUUUCUGAAACACAUUUUAUUUGUUUUUCAUAGUUUUUACAUUUCCAAUUAUUUUCAUAAUCGAUUUCGUAACCGACAGUCAUUUUUUAAAAUGUAGCCCAUUUUGAAAAAAAUUGGAAAUAUUCUGUGAUUGUUUCAACAUGAUUGCAGCCAUUCCAGUAGGUAUGGACAUAUCAAAAUAUCACUGAUGUAUUUUGAAAGCUGUGUGAUGUGAUAGUCUACAUAUACAAGAUCAAGAUCACAUGUCUCUGCACAUGUGUCUGGCUAGCAGUUAAAGGAACAUGCAGGUUUGAACCUGGGCCCCAGUAUGCUUAUGUCAUCAGCUGACUGACGGGGAGUCUUCUGUGGAAGGAUGUAGUUGGUCUUGCUGGGUUCCUCUGGUUACUGCAGCACUAGGUCUUCACAAUGGCUUAAAUUGCACACACAGGCUACAAAAUGACACCUCUCUGCUCUUUCCAUCAUCUGCAAUGCUUCUGGUGUGCAGGUGGUAUAAUUGAAGAGGCAAAUUGGGAAGGACAAUAGUUUAUAUAUGUAAUUUGGGUAUAUUGUAUAUAUCUCUGUGCUUUAUGUAAUAAAUCGAUAACAAUUAUAGUUUUAGAAUCAAUUCCCAAAAUGAACUGAAAAUCUGAAGAUAAGCAUAUGGUAUUUACAGGAACAGAAACCCUAUUAUAAACAUCCUUUUCAAGACCGGAUAAAAGGCUCUUUUCACUGAUACUAAUGAGCGAUACCUUACUGAACUAUGAAGGGGAUGUAAAGCGAUAAGACAUCGCCCUGCGUUCAAAUGAAUGUGAAAAUUAAUACAUUUUGUUCAGUAAUACUCAUUUGAGCUUCUCAGGGUAAUAUAAAGGGACCCUCCUUGGUUUCCUUUUUGUUUUCUUUUGGGGUUUUUUUUCUCACAAUUCAUGUUAAGAUGAACCAACCUAGUGACAUUAAAAUUUAAAAGAUGGCUGCACCCUAAUGCUAGGAGCUGCAAUAAAUUAAAUGUAAAUGAAUUUCAUGCAUUUUUCUUGCAAAUAUUGCAAGAAAGAGUUUUAGAGUUUUCUAUCUGGAGCAACAAGGAACUAUUUUCUUGUAAAUUAUUUUUGUAAUAAAAUUGUUAAUAAAAAACACUUAAUUGGAUCGUGUCUAUAAUAUCUAUAUAUUCAUAUGUGGUAACUGUUUUAUUAAAUCAGUAACUCACUUGAAGACUUGGAACAUUAUAUUGUCAUUUUAUCACAGCUACAGGGGUUGCAACCCUCCCCUGUGCACAGAACAAUGCCCUGUAGCUGUGAUAAUAAUAUAAUAAUAUACCACUGCCUAUACAGUUCUAGUUUUUUUCCAAAAUAGUACAUGCUAACCCUUUGACAAUGUGGGUGCUGAUUAACAUGUUUGUAACUUAAAGUGACAUAAAAAUGUAAGCUUAAUAAAAGUGAUCA